AGCUUAAAUCUGUUGGCUCUCAGUCAUCAUCUCAUUCGUGCAGACGAGAGACGCUCGUGUUGAGUGUUUGCGACAAUUUUUUUUUUCGUUUUUGAAUAAAAUAUAAUUUAGUAUUAUUUAUUACCAUAUCAUGAGACAUUUAGUGUCAUUUAUAGUAGUCAUACUAUGCAGUCUCAGUGUACAAAGUCAUCCACUUCCCGAUGUAAUUCAGUAUAGUGUACCGAGUAAAUUUUUCAACCAGAAUGGAUCAAAAUCAAGUUCAUUUUAUGACAUUCUAAAACAAAUUCAUUUUGGUGGUGGUGGAAGUGCAGCAGAAUCGACCUCAUCAUCAUCAACUUUAGAUCUUGUCACAACGACAAUUUCUAGUGAAAAUGUUGAUGAUAAUAAGAAUGAUGAGCCAACCAUGACACCAGUGGAAUUGGAUGUAACAAAUUCUAAUGAAUCUCCCGAGGCACCCGUUGUGACCGAAGACGUGACGGAUGAGGAACACGAAGAACACCAUACAACCAUCAAAGAUAAUUCUUCUGAUAAUGAUGAGAGUUUUACAGCACUAAUUGAAAAAGUUGUGAGCGAACAAAUAGAGAAAUUAGCAAGUGAAUUUGAUACUGGAAUCAGUAUAAAUUUGCCGAAUGAGCAAAAUGAAGUAAUUGAAAAAAGUGACCUUGUGCAUGAAUCUAAUGCCAUGAGCAAUACGGAGAAACCUCAAUUGGACAAUGACAAAGAUGAUCAUGAGGAUGAUGAUGAUAGAGUUAGUGAAACAACAAUGGCUAUUAAUUCUGAAAUUGCUAUAGCAGAAGAUGAGAAAAAGGAGGACGGAGAAGAAGAAGAAAUUGUAGCAACAACAUCAGGAAUGUCUAUUAUUGAAUCUGUCGAUCUCGAUAGCGAGAGCGAGUCUACAAUUGUACCAACAAAUCCACCAGAACAAACAACAAAUAUGGAUACAAUUUUAACAGAUAAUGUGCAUGAGCAGCACAACGAUGAUGCAGAAUCGAAUGGUGAAACUUUUACAGAAGAUGAAAAAGAUUCUGAGGAAACGAGUAGCAAAAAUGAAAUUCCUGAAGCACUUUUGAACGCUGUCGGGGAUUUGUUGUCAUCCGUUCUUGGUGUCAGUGUAACUAGCAUUAAGAAUGGUUUAUUUAUUCCAACUGCUGAUGCAACUACAUCUUCUCCAGAUGAUAUUGUGGAUGAAAAUAUUCAUACAGAAGGAUCAGCAACAACUGAAAGUGACAUUGUAGAACAUUCAACUGAACAGGACUUGUCAUCGUCAACAUCUGGAUUUGAAUUUAAUGAAAAUAAUGAAGAGGAAGAGAUUAAGACUGAGGCAACUGAUGUAGAGAACAAUGAAUCUGAAAUUGAUACAAGUGUUGUCACAAUGCCACCAGAAUCAGAUGCAGGCACGAUUGCCAAUGAAAUUGACUUGAAAAUAGAGAAUUUAGGAAACGUACACGAUACAAAUUUCAUGACAGAAGACACGCCAGAAGUGUAUACAGAAACUGUUAAGGGACCAGAGAUGCCAACAUCAGAUGAUACCAAUGAGAUCACAAUAUUAGAAGUUGUGCCAGAACUGACAGUCGAAGAAGGUUUAGUUAAACCUGUUUCAUUUGAAGACAGCAUCAAUCAUGUCAUGAAUCUCGUAAAAGACACUGAGGAUAGAUUGGAACUUGAAAAUGCACAAAAUAUUCUCAAUUCAGUUAUGAUCGAUCACAAUACAGUCAAUGAGAAUGUCAAUCAUAUUUUAAAGUCAGCACUAAAGGAAAUUGAGACAAAUUUCGGAAUGAAUGAGAGUGAAAUUGAGAAGGAAAUCCAAAUUCCGACAGAUGCCCUCGAAAUGUUGGAUCGAGAGCGCGAGGAAAUGAUUAAAAAUUUCGAGACAGACAUAAAUGAGUCACUGAUAGACUCAAGUAUCGAUCAAGAAGACAUUUACGAGCCAAAUAUGGCUAAAGCUGCUUUAUUCCACAAAUUCCAAUAUGACGAUGACUUCUGAAAAUGAGAUUAAUUUUGCACAGCAUUUAAUUCUCUUCUUUUACUUCCAUCGUCUUCGUCUUCAUACCGAAUAAGAAAUUACUUUGAAUAAAUCAUCA